AUGCUUCGGUUGGUUGGAGGACCCCUGAAAUCCACCAAAUCGAUCCUCCAGUACUGCGCCAUGACGACGACGAGCUUGCCGCUGCUCCAGGAUCUCAGCGCGCUUCUUCCGCGCGACGUAGCCGGUGUGCAAGACGCUUCGCUUCUGCUCGAGACGCUCGAAGACAGCGCCCGUCAGUGCCAAGCGCCAGCCUUCCGCGAUGCCUUUGCCGCAUCAGGGCUCGCUGACAUCUUUCCAACGUUUCUCGCCUCGGUCGCCAAGGACCUUGCCUCACAUGCGCCAGCCGCGCCGGUGGCGGAAGGCGACGAGGAAGACGAUGGAUUUGGGUACUCGUACACGGCGACCAAGUCGGGCAACGGCGAGAUCGAGCCGCGCGCAGCCGCAACCUUUGCCGAUACUGCAAGCGCCGAGCGCGCAAUUUACCUCUUCCUCUCGUCCUAUCGUUUCCUUCGCAACGUGUGCGUCCAGAACGAAGCCAACCAGACACUCCUCCAGCCGCUCUUGCCACUGACCUUGCUGCAACUGGAAGCACAUGUGCAUUGGAUGCACACGGACGACGAUGUCAUGAAGGAGCUACUCGUGCUCUCGUCGCAGGUCAUGGUGCAAUUCGUCGGGAACGUCGUCGUCAACCACGAAGAGAACCAGCGCGUGCUGUGGCCACUGCUCCAGCCCAAGCUCCUCGAGAUGCUGCUGGUCGAGUGCCAAGUGCAUCGAAAGUUGCUCGGGUUUGCGACUGCGGCGCUCUGCAACUGUUUGCACUCGCCGACCGACGGUGCCGCCCGCGCCAACGAGCUCGCAGCGCACCGCCGACCGCUGCUCAUCUUGCUGCUCCAGCGUUGCUUGACGCAUGGCAGCGAUGAGGACGAAGAUCGAGUGGACGCCGCGUUCGAGUGGAUCGUGUUGCUCUUCCAACAGCUCUUCCAGCGUCAGCACACGAGUGCCAUGUAUCGCAGUCUAAGCGUAUCUCUCUUGAGCACGCUGUGGUCUCGGCUCACGCCGGAGCAGAUUCUGCUUCUGCGCAUGCUCGACAUGUGUCUUGCGACGGACGAUGAGCGAGCGACCAAGGCCCAAGUGCAUGCGACGGACGACGCAUCGCUCUUUCCUUUCAUCCUCACCGAGUUUGUCGCCCUCCACGCAACCAAGGACGCUGGCGAGGAUGAAGCGCCGCCGUCCGCUGACCGCGAGGCCAUGUGGCGCGUCAUGGAGAUCGAAGCGUCCAAGCUCAUGCUGCACAUUCUCGGGACGCUGACGACGACGCUGCCGCCGACGGCGCUGACCGACGCUGCGGUGCAAGCAGACGUUCUUGCUUUCGUGCCCGCACUCGUGCACCAAAUGCACCGCGCGGCUGCGGCCCGUCCCGUGGACGGGAAACUGACCAACAAGCCGACCGACGACGACGGAGACGUGGACUACUACUAUGGGUACAAGUCGGCGGGUGUGCGCGUGCUCGGCAACCUCGUGCACCGCAACCCUGCUGUCCAAGAUCUCAUGCGGUCGUGCGGCGGCAUUGAAGUGCUCUUGAACAGCUGCAACAUUGACGAGACCAACCCAAUGAUUCGCGAGUGGGCACUGGUGGCGCUGCGCCACGUCUGCGAAGGGUGCGAGGCCAACCAAGAUUAUAUCAAGGCGCUUGCGCCGCAGGGUGUCCAAUCUAACGUCGACUUGACUCAAAUGGGCGCCAAGGCCGUCAUGACCGACGAUAAGGUCACCAUCCAGCCCUUGUAG